UAAUCAAAAAAGAAAACAUGAUAGUUAACAAUCAUAUAUAUGCAUAUGCCAGUCAUAUGGCAGCAGUGCAAUGCAUAAAGAAAAUUUAAAAAAUCAUCCAGAUACAAAACAAGAGCUUCAGUUAAUGUUCACAUCAAACGUCAGAAUGAAGAAAAAAUUUCUCCGUGACUUUGAUCGUGGCAUGGGUGUUGGUACCAGACAGGUUGGUUUGAGUAUUUCAUAAACUGCGGAUCUCCUGGGAUUUUCACCCCCAGCAGUCUCUAGAGUUUACACAGAAUGGUGUGAAAAGCUAAAAACAUUGAGCGACCGAGAGUUCUGUGCAUGGAAAUGCUUUGUCAGAGGAAAAUAACCAGAUUGGUUGAAGCUGCUAGGAAACCUUAAAAUGGUCCCUUUUUACAACCGUGGUGAGCAGAAAAGCAUCUCUGCAUGCACAAAACGGGAUAAAACCACGCUGGGUUCUUAAUAAAGUGGAUGAUGAGCAUAUAUUGAAGCUUCAAUAAUAAUAAUUUUAAAAAACAACUUCUCCAACUUUACAUUGUUUUUUUAAAAAAAUCUAACAACCCUGCUGAUAAUUCUUUGACCAACAAAACAACUCAAAACAACCUUAACUUGUGGGGACUGAGGUAAACUGCGCUACCACUUUGGACCACCAGAUGGUGGUAAAAGCCCGAAAAUAUUAUCCGGAUCCUUAUCAUACCGUCACAUCGAGUAGAUAAAAAAGUACUGAAGCAAUCAUAUGCUUAAUGUUGCUAUUAUAUAUAUAAAUAUAAAUAUAAAUAUAAAUAUAAAUAUGUUGUUAUGAUGAUAAAUAGUUUAUAAUAUUGCAUGUAUUUAUAUUCUCUAUUUAAAAAAAUAAAAAAUUAAACAUGAAAGUUUUGGCUAAAGGGGACAGAAAGGGUACUUUGUGUGACUAAUCAGAAGGGGGUUUUGUGUGUGUCAGGACUACGCGACAGAGCCGGUACUACAGCAUGGAGCGGAAAGUGCUUGCACUCCAAGCGAGGAAGAAAAGAACCAAGCCGAAAAAGCCUGGUAAAAGACCUAAUCCCCACCCGCGGGGAGCUGCCCAGCCUGACUCAGCUCUGCAGGAGCAAGAGGAGGAGAUCUUGGGCUCUGAUGAUGAAGAGCAGGAAGAUCCCAAUGACUAUUGCAAAGGUGGUUAUCACCAUGUGAAGAUUGGUGACCUGUUCCACGGCCGGUACCACGUGAUCCGCAAACUGGGCUGGGGGCAUUUCUCCACUGUGUGGCUGGCAUGGGACAUCCAGGGAAAGCGCUUUGUGGCUAUGAAGGUAGUGAAGAGUGCAGAGCAUUACACUGAAACAGCUCUGGAUGAGAUCAAGCUCCUGCGUGCGGUGCGAACCUCGGACCCGAACGACCCCAGCGGAGAGAAAGUAGUGCAGCUGCUGGACGACUUCAAGAUUUCAGGUGUCAAUGGCACUCAUGUGUGCAUGGUUUUUGAGGUCCUUGGUCACCACUUGCUCAAGUGGAUCAUCAAGUCUAACUACCAGGGUUUGCCCUUACCCUGUGUUAAAAGCAUCAUUCGGCAGGUUUUGCAAGGUCUGGACUAUCUGCACACAAAGUGCAAAAUCAUCCACACAGACAUAAAGCCGGAGAAUAUCUUAAUGACCGUCGAUGAGUCAUACAUCAGGAAGCUGGCAGCUGAGGCCACGGAGUGGCAGAAAUCUGGAGCUCCUCCACCAUCCGGCUCAGCAGUAAGCACAGCUCCAGCGCCGAAACAGAUGGCGAAAAUGUCUAAGAACAAAAAGAAGAAGCUGAAGAAGAAGCAGAAGCGGCAGGCCGAGCUGCUCGAGAAACGCAUCCUGGAAAUCGAAGGACUGGAGAGAGCGAACGAAGGGGGCGAGGAUGAGGAGGACGAGGAAACGGAAACCCCUGACACAACUCCGUCAGUACCCAACAGUCAGACUCUGCAGGAGAUCACAGCCGAGGCCACCGUGGAUGGAGUUCCCGAACCCUGGUCUCAGCACAGGGAAUGCACCGUGGAUGGAAACUUUAACAGCCAGCACCCCGAGGAUGAGAAGCCUGCCGACGUGCAGCAGCAAGAGAAGGAUGAAACUCCCAUCAACCCUUACGGCAAUGUCACAGGAGAGGCGGAGUCCCAGCCCGUUAACCCUUACCCAGUGUGCAACGGGACGACACCCUGCGAGGCAGGCUGUCCUGAUGGUAAUGGACCUUUGCUUUGUGACGUGUUUGAGUCGCAGCCGAAACAGGAGACACCGGAUACAAAGAAGCUGAAUGCCUGUAAUACAGUAAACGUUUGGGAGAUGGAGUCGAGACCCAAGAAGGAGGCGGAGCCAAGUUCACAGGCAGGCCCAGACAUGGAGGACGUUAAGCUCGCAGCAGGGAAUCUGUUGGUGAACCCACUGGAACCACUGAACGCUGACCAGAUCCAGGUGAAAAUCGCUGACCUGGGCAACGCCUGCUGGGUGCACAAACACUUCACAGAUGAUAUUCAGACACGGCAGUAUCGUUCUCUGGAGGUGCUAAUCGGUUCAGGCUACAGCACCCCAGCAGACAUCUGGAGCACAGCAUGCAUGGCAUUUGAACUGGCGACCGGGGAUUACCUGUUUGAACCUCAUUCCGGAGAGGAUUACUCCAGAGAUGAAGAUCACAUUGCGCUGAUCAUGGAGCUGCUGGGCAAAGUUCCUCGCAAACUCGUCAUAAACGGCAAAUAUUCAAAGGAGUUCUUCACUAAGAAAGGUGAGCUGAGGCACAUCACUAAGCUGAAGCCGUGGGGGCUUUUGGACGUCCUGGUGGAGAAGUACGAGUGGCAGAGGGAGGAUGCGCAGAGCUUCAGCAGCUUCCUCCUCCCCAUGCUGGAUCUGAUUCCCGAGAAAAGAGCUACGGCUGCCGAGUGCCUCCGCCACGCCUGGCUCACGUCGUAGUAGCCGGGGGGGGGAGAGAGGGGCUACUACGAUAUCAUCAGAUACUCACCUCCGAUAAAGACUAACAGUCUGGUCAUUUGCCACACUUCGGCUCGUGAUGGAACAUGAAAGGGGUCCAAUCAAACAGGUGUAAUAUCUAUUUAUUUCUCGUAAUGUUCCUUUAUGUACCAGGUGCAGUUUGAUGUAUCCUGCCGUUUUUGACGCUUUUAUUUUCUUCCCCUCCCUUCUGUGUGCCGAGAGAAUCUAACGACAUGCUUGUUUUCGUAUGACGGGUGCGAUAGCAGUUUAACAAUACAAGUACAAAUUUUCCUGUACAUUUGCUUUAGUCUUAAUCAGUCCAUCUGACACAGUCAUGCUCAUUUGGCAGUACUGAUGGAAGCACACAUGCCCUGUUUCUGCUGUGAAAAGGUUGUUUUGUUUGUUUUUCUUUCUUUCUUUUCCUAUUCCAGCGCAGGCUGCAUGAAACUUAUGAGUGAUGUAGACAGAGAUGGCCUGGCUGUAAAUGGACAUUUACAAUAUAGACAGAUGUGAAUUUUCAGCGUAAUGAUUUCCAGCUGUGCGUGCGCUACUUUGUCAUAUGUAACUUUAAAAAAAAAAAUUAAACGUUAAAAAAACAAUGAAAAUGAAAUAAAAAUGUAUUAAAAAAAAACAAAAAACAAAUAGAGCGCACAACUUGGGAUGUGUUGGACUGUGGGUGCGUAAAGUUUCCUAUGCGCAGUGUGGAAGAGGUGAAUGUCUUCACCACAGAACCGGUGGUGUCAUGAAACCGUCUGGUGUUUUUGUACCAAAGAGUUGGCGCUCUUCUUCAGUGUCAGUAUUGUUGCAUUCGUGCAUUUCUUUGCUCAAUAGCUCGAUGGCAAUGUUUGAGUAAAGCAAUACGAAGACGCCUUGAUGAACGCUCCUCUGGGUUUUGGGGAUUCUCCUGAUGCUGAUCUUGCUUGAAGCAGGAUCAGUGAGGAUGAUUAUUUUUUUUAUGUGUAAAUGAACGUAGGGUAAUUUUAUUGUGAAGGACCCGGACCUCUGCUUGCUCUUUUGUAUUGAAAGACUUUCACCUUUUCCAGUUCCACAAGCACGUCCUUUUCUCUCUUUUUCUCAGCCGCUACGCUGUCUGAUUGUUCGCCGCUUCAGUAAAUUGCUUCCUGUCGUUGUUAUGAAUAAAGACUUUAAAGUCGCA